AUGGAAUCUUUUAUUCCAUCCAAACAAGCACACUUUAAUGAGUUGUUAACUUGUUAUGCUCUUGAUUUCCAGGCAUAUGCAACAAUCGAAGAAACUACCCAAAUACCCAAUUCAGAAAUAGAUCAGGCAAAACUUCUCCUCGACUUACAAAAAGAUAACCGCGAUCUAAGAGCACAAUUAUCACGCCAACAACAAAAACUCUUAAUAUUUCACGCACAAUCUUUAGCAGCCAUAUCUCCUAUGCCUUCCACAAUAUCAUCGACCUUAACAACGCCUCCAACUUCUUGUAGACCAAAAAAACGAAGAACAAUAGCAUCGUGCUUAACUACCAACUGUUUCACACCAGAAUCAAAGAAAAGAAGCAGCAGUCCCCCCCCCCCCCCCCAGGAAACGGGUUUUAAGACCCCUCCUACCACCUCCUCUCUAGGCAUUCCUCCCAUUGCAGGUCACACAAAUAGAAGAACAGAGAUCCAACAAAGCUUUCUUCUUCGGCGACGCCUUAUCUCUGAAAGCUCCUCUUUCUCCGACGGUGAACUAGUACCCUUUUCCAUCACCGGUAACCACCCAUUACCACCAUAA